UUCUAUAUCCUCUAUAUUUUCAAAUCAACAAAAUCAAUCAAUCAAUCAAUAACAUAAUACAUCAAAAAAAUGAACAUCGAAAUCAUAGGGCGGCAUGCGCUUCUCUUCGACGACGAUGCAAACGCAGCGUUCGUAAACUCCGACGACGCACUUGUAGAAUGGAAUUCGCUUCUAAUUGACCGUUACGACGUCCGUCACCUCCUUUCCACUCCUCCGCCGUCCCGCCGCCGCCGUAAUCCACAAACGUCUCAUUCUUCCGCUGCCGAUGCUGAAAUUGAUUAUGAACGGUAUCUGGAUCUCCAUUCAUCUUCUGAUGACGAACAAGAAUAUGCGAAAACAGAAGCUGUGGGUGGCUUUAAUGCUGUUCCUUUUUCAUAUGGAAACUAUGAGGAUUCUAAUGAUCAACAGAAGGCUGAGACUGAAUCGGAAAUCUCUGGAUUUCAUCCCCCUUUCCCUGUUCCUCGCAGCUUGGUUCAAAAUUUGCCUCCUACAAAGAAGGUACACCAGAUCAUUGCAAGGACUGCUCUUUUUGUUAGCAAGAAUGGAGGUCAAUCUGAGAUUGUUUUGAGGGUGAAGCAAGGAGAUAACCCGACGUUUGGCUUCUUAAUGCCUGACCAUCACCUACAUCCGUACUUUAGGUUUCUGGUUGAUCACCAAGAUCUUUUGCAGUCGAAAUAUGAGGGGCAGGAUAAUGAUAAAACAUCCAAUACUGAGAAUGCUGCAGGAGCUGGAGCCUUGUCUUUGCUUGGUUCUGUUUAUGGUACUGGUGAGGAUGAGGAUGCGGGAGUCGAGCAUGCAUCAUCCCCUGGAGAAUGUGUAUCUGGUAACACUGUGGAUAUAAAUGCCACCAUGUCUCUUGCAACAGGGAAAACCAAUGCUGCUGGAAAAGAUGAGUCUUCAAAGCAUUCACUUCUUUCAAACAAAGACGCUCCUAUCUUGAAAAGAAGUUCUAUAUCAACUGCAUCAAAGACUGGAAGGACAAGCAGUAUGAAUAAAGGAGAGUCUUUGGGUUCACUUCCUGCUGCUCCAGAUAAGUUGCGGGCUUCUUCGCUUCCGCCUAUUCCGAAGACUGAGCAAAUGCUCCUGGAUCCUCCAUCUGAUAUGAAACCAUUGGUUGACAAGAUUGUAGAGUUCGUCAUCAAGAAUGGCAGGCAGUUUGAGGCAGUACUUAUAGAACAAGACCGUGGCCAUGGGAGAUUUCCAUUCCUACUCUCAUCUAAUAUAUUCCAUCCUUACUAUUUAAAAGUUCUGCAGAAAGCCCAGGAGUCAAAAUUAACGAUUAAGAGUUUCCACAAUGAGAAAGAGGAAUCCAGAGGAAAUAUCUGGAACAAGAAAACGUCCGUCUCAAGGGAGAAAAGGAAUCAUCUGGUGGAAUCUGAUGAUAUACCAGUUGAUCCUGAAAGGAAAGAAAAGUUCAAGAUGGUAAUUAACAAGUCUAAAAAGGAUGGAUCAGAUUUGCCAGCUAAAGCCACACAACCGGAACCUAGAGUUCAGGUAGAUGCUGCUCAAGCAGCAGCUAUUCUUCAAGCUGCUACGAGAGGAGUCAACCAUCCUAGUUUAGGAAUUCUGUUUGGGCAACCCUCGAAUGGAGCUAAAUCCUCUGAAGCACAAAUGACUCAUGAGCAGAAGUUAAAGGCAGAGAGACUAAAACGGGCUAAAAUGUUUGUGGCACAGCUGAAAAGUGGAGCCGCUCCUUUAAAAGCUGAAGCUCCACGUGGCUUUUCGGUCGAACCGCCAGGAACAGCGGUUGACAGUGGCCUUGCAUCCAAAGAUGGAGUGAGGAGCACAAUUCCUUUAAAAGACGCUUCUGAGAGAAAAUUGAAGUCUGAAAAGGAACAUUUGAAUGUGGAAAGACGAUCAAAGAGGAAAUACCGAGCUAGAGGCGAAGCAUCAGAAGUAGCAGAAGUUGAAGAAGAAGAAGAAGAUGAUAAUUCUGAGGUUGAUGAGAGAGAUGGAAAAAAAACACGUAGACGCCAUACAAAGAAGCACCGAUCUCGUAAUCAUUCAGUUGAAGCUGACAGUGAAGAUGAUGAAAGAGAGUAUAAGCAUGUUAAAAGAACACAUCGAUCUCAUCGCUCUUCACAUAAGCAUGAUGACAUGGACAAAAGCAAGGAAGAAAGGGAUCAUAAGUCAUCAAGGAAAAAGAAGCAUCGAUCUCCUAGCUCUUAUGAAGAUGAUGAUGGACACAAAAGUGACCGUGAGUAUUCCAGAAAGAAGCACCGGUCACGUUAUUCUUCAUUUGAUGAGUCCUCUGAUGAAAUUGAUAGUGACCACAAGUAUUCUAGAAAAAAGCGUAAACAUAGAUCUCACAGAUCUUCUCAUCACAGUAAAGAUAGGCACAAGGAUAGCAAACGCCACUCGUCUAGGCAUAGACAGGAACGUGACGUCUUAUCUGAAGAGGAGUCGAGGGACCAUAUCAAGGCUGAUAAGCAUAAAAAGGGAUCAAACUCAGAAAAAGAAGAACUUGAAGAGGGGGAGAUCAGCUCAAAGUUAUCGGGGCAAUCAAGAGAGAGACCUUUUGCUAAAGUUUCUAGUCGCGAACCUUCGGUUGAUAUAUCAAGUCAAGAUAGGAGACCAUCUAGCCAGCCCAUUGAUACAACUGAGGUCCCUGAGGACCUCAGGGCCAAAAUCAGAGCAAUGUUAAUGUCCACAAUGUAAGAUCUAAAUUUCUGUUAUUAGUUUAGCACUUUGGCUGUUAUAGUAUUAAAUGUUGUUAAAUCCA